UCUAAAAAAAGUGUGAUAGUUUCAGGGAUUCUCAUUAGCUACAUAAAGUUGCUAUAUUUUAAAAAUUAAUAAAUAUAUAGUCAAUCAAACUACCUCAAAUUCAAACUUUAGACAUUGCACGCAAUGAUCUCAUGGAUCAGUAUAAUUUUGCAGUGCACAGUGUCAAACAGUUUUUAGGAAAGUACUGUGGUGUUUUUUGUUGAUGUAUUGUUUUGGGCGAAAAUAAUAUGAAAAUAGCCUUUUACCCUGGGGCUCUCCAAUAUUUAACCCCGCCGUACGCAUUGUAAGGGCUAUUUUUUAUUUGGUCAGUAGUCUCAAGUAUUACUGUACUUUUAUAGGUUAAUGUUGGCUGUAAUGUCCACAAAAAUGUGUAUAAUAAUGUACGGGCGUUUAACAUGAAAGACAAGUGUAAUUUAUUCCAUUUAAUUCAGCUUUUUUCGUCUCUAGUUUGGAUAAUCAUGCAAUAAAGCGAUACAUUAAAUUUUUUAAAGGUAACUCAUUUGUGUCUUUCUUAAGGUAGUAACUAACAAUUAGAUCAUUUAAUUAUAAUAUAAAACUAUUUCUAAUUUAAUAAGUCGCCCGUCUCAGAAUGGGUUCAACUCAAUGUAAUUUUACAUAGGCAAUAAGUUAGACCCACUCGCAGCGGUCCUCACGACUCACGAGGUCCUUCGAAUGUAUGGCGCGAGUACAUGCCAUGUUUAUAUGGAUUUUAGAAGUGUUGCAAGAUUGACACAAGCAUGCCAAAAUGCUUUCCCUCAAACAGAAUAGUUGGUUCAUAAGAAAGAUUGUGAUAUGGAGGGCAGUGGCGAGUGUUGCAUGGUCAGUGAUUCUCCUACCUGUGACAGCUGCGCUCUUUCUGUUCUUCAGUAGAUUUAGUUUUUGUCAUCCCAUCCAGUGUCUUUCAGAAUGCACAAGCCUUCUUACUGCAUCAAGCACCAUCUUUUGUCUUGUUGUGCUGUGUGGAGUGGUUCUGAUGACUGGCUUUUUCAACCUGGAGUUCUACACUUUGGUUCCUUCCAUUCCGUGUUCACGUAUAGCUCUACUGGGGACUGUGCUUCACCCACGACAGUGUGUCCACUCUUUGGUGUACUGCACCAUGGGGAUGCUGGUAAUGUGGUGUUCCUCUGUAACCAUAGGUGGACGUUAUAGCACUCUAGGAACUCCCUGCAGAAUCGAGAGUGGUGAACUUGUGACCUGUCUGAAUGAGUAUCAUCUGUUCCUUCUCCUGUCUGGGGCCUUCAUGGGAUACAGUUACAGUUUUCUGGGAGUGGUUCAGAAUAUUUACUACGUGUCCUUUCAGCCCAUUCAACAAUACAAGUACCUCUGCUUUAAAGGCUCCUUACCCAUGGUGGUGAAGUGCAGUGUUAUUCAGUCCUUGUAUUCAGCCAGGAAUUUUGCUGCUCUCUAUUUCUUUUUCGGGUAUGCUCCUAAGGCAUGGAUCUCCAGCACUCUUAAUCUACAGAUAGACAGUUCUCUUCCACCAUUGGAUUCAUUGACUGGACUUCUAGACUUCUCCCUUUUCUACCACCUGUUGAUCAGUGGCACAUUCCUGUACAUAACCUGGUAUAUCACAGUGCUUCUCUUCAGGAUCUAUGUCACAGAGGCCUACAGUUUUCCAGUGCAGUCUACAUUUACUGAGGAUGCAGAGCUGUGUCUACCCAAAGCUCUAACAGAGAAGAACACUUUAGUCAUGAAGUUUUUGGCUCUGCAAGACUUGGCUCUGUUAUCACAACAUUCUCCCACACGUAGACUAGAAAUCUUCAGUCUAAGUCAGCCAGGCGGUCACCCCCAUAACUGGAAUGCACUCAGUAAGGAAUGUCUGUCUCUGCUGAGUGAGCUGACACACAGACUGGUUGCUCACCAGGAUGCAGUUGCCUCUAACGGCAGAGUCAAGUCUCAGUCUGCCAGCAGUUACACCAAAUCCGGCUCUUCAGUCAGCUCAGUGAUGUCAGGGGCAGAGGACCUACCUGAGACACCACGACAUAAUAUCCCACUCAGGACUCCCGGAUCAGUCUUCCUCAAGUCAUCGGUGGGGGGCGUGCACAGCGCGCUGACUGCUCCUUUCACCCCAGACCUGGACAGCCCUUUCUCCUCCCCUGCUAUUCGUCGCCUGGCUGGCCAAAUGGAACCCCAGUCUCCCUGGUUUGGCGCUGUGCAAAGCCCCCACAUCAUGAGGAGAGGCCCCAAAUUAUGGAGUGCCUCCACAGAGUCACAGACCAAUGGCAGUCCUCCUGCCUCCCCUGUCAGUGUCCCUAGUCCUCCUCCAGACAAUCAGAAACCCAGUUUUCUGGCCCAGUGGAUGCAGAAGAGGAGAGAUCAGGUUAAAAGCUUUUUGGCAAAGCGGGUGCUAAUAGUGUAUUUAUUUAACAAGCUUCCAGAAGCCUCUAGCCAAGCUCUGUUUGCUGACAGCCAAGCUCAUAUCUGGGCUCUCCAAGGAAUAUCUCAUCUGGUGGCGACCUCAUUUUCUGAGGACCAGUUUGGAGUGGUGCAGACUACAUUACCAAACAUUCUCAGCAGCUUGGUAAUCUUGUUAGAGGCUGUUGAUAGACACUUCAAACUGCCCCAUGCCUCCAGCAAACCUGUGAGGACUACCUUCAGUUUUGGUGACUCCACUUACAAAACUCUAAGGUUUGCACUGAGAGCUGCACUAAAGACAUCUAUAUACAGAAUAACUAUCACUUUUGGAGAGCACUUGAAUGCUGUGAAGAUAUCAGCAGAACAUCGAAAAAAGCUUCAGCAAUUCUUGGAAUUCAAAGAGUAGUGCACCUCUUUACUUGGAUUUGUGUGUGUGCCUGCCAGGAAAAGAAAAAGGGACAAUGCUUCACAGGACAAUAAUGCAUCUUUAAAAGACCUGAUACAUGGGGAAUCACGCUGUACUUCACUCAAGUCCUUAAAGUAUAUUAAUUUAUAUUCUGGUCCUGCACUGUUUCCGUGCAAGCACAGUCAUGUUCUAAAAGUUUGUAUCUUUCAUACACAAUAUAAUUCCUUAGUUUAUGUGCCCAUGUGCUGAGGGUUUUCAAAAUCAUGGUGGAAAUGGUAUGUCACUCUUCAUUCGAGUAUAUUUAACUAUUAUGCCCUCUUAAAGAAAGUUGGCGUAAACAGUUACAUUGCUUUUCUUUUCCUUUUGCAUCUUGAUUAUUUCCGUUUUUUCCUAUGUUUGUGGGGGUUUUAAUAGCACUCUAAUUGAAUGCAAAUUAUCAUUGGCCUCUCCAGGGCUGUUACAUGGAUCAUUGGUUCCACGAUCUUUCAUUUAUUAAUCUUUUUGACACAUGGAUAUCUGGGGUUAUUUACCAUAAUAGUAUAUUUUGGGUUAUGUUGUUUAAAGAUUUAGAAGGGUUUUGAGGCCCUUAUGAAAAUAAACUUUUGUCAAAUGUUUUCCUGUAAAUGGCUGCAGUCAAUUUUCAUCCGAUUUACGGUAGAGGUCGCUGUUCGUAUUCUGUCUAAUGUAACGUAGUUGUCUGUACACUGCAGGCAUCAAUGCGAUUACAUAUUUGGCUAAAUAUUUAAUAUAACUUAAUCCUGUUAUAUAUAACUUAGUUUAAUGACUGUAGCCUAUAUUAUGUUUAGAAUAUGAGGUUUUGUCCUCCACCCUGAAAAGAGAGAUCUCUGCAUAAUAGUAACACUAAAUAUAUUGAUAAAAAAAAAAGUCCGUAGUGAUUUUCUUAAAAGGUUUCUGGGGAAAAUAAAUCAUGUAUAAAGAUUUAAUGACUUGCUAGUUCCGUAGUUUCCCGAUAUGUUCGUACAUUUGAGUUGGCCGCAGUCUUU